AUCACAUUUUAUUUGGGAUGAUCAGCAAGUAUGCCUUAAAACUUUAUUCUAUAUUCCCUACUUCUUAAGGACUCCCCCUUGUAAGCUCCCUCUUAUAAAUGCGAGUACGUUGUUAGACCAAUUAACACUUAAAGCCUUCCAAUAUUAUUAAAUCUCAAUCAAGCUUGUGAUAGAAAUAAACCUUCGGAGAUUUUUCUCUAAAUCAUAAAAUGCCGCUUUUGUCUAAAAGAAUGGGGCCUGUGGUCUGUCUCUUUAUCAUGAUCAUGGAUAUUGUGGCCGGGAUAUUAGGCAUCGAAGCUCAAUUUGCUCAAAACAAGGAGAGGUUCAUGAGAGUUUGGAUAUUCGAGUGCAGAGAACCGAGCUAUGAAGCAUACAAGCUCGGAUUUGCAGCCUGUGUAUUGCUAGCAAUAGCUCAUAUUAUUGCCAAUGUACUCGGUGGGUGUGUUUGCAUAUCAUCUAGGGAAGAGUACAUCAGAUCUUCUUCGAACAAACAAAUAGCUGUGAUUUCCCUAAUUGUCUCUUGGAUCGUAUUGCUGAUCGCCUUCCCCCUACUGGUUCUUGGGACGGUAUCAAACUCAAGAUCACGACAGUCUUGCGGAUUCUCACACAAGCAUUUAUUCGUGAUCGGAGGAAUUCUAUGUUUCAUUCAUGGGUUGUUCCUUGUUGCUUACUACGUUGGCGCCAGUGCUGCUAGAGCAGAAGAGCACAUGAUCAGGCAACAACACAGAGCUACUGGUCCCCGACCUCUUCCUACCUAAAUAAACCUUCUUUCCUUCUUUUUCCAAUGUUGUUUUCUGCCCUGUUUGAUGAGCUAAAAUAUUGAUUGUUAACCCUCCCCCUCUUUUGACUUCUUAUUUGCAUAUACAAAUGUAAUUGACAAUUUGUCUAUUCUUUAUUGUGAAAAUCAUACUUGUAUUCUUAUCACUAUUUUUUGCAUCUACAAAAUUUACUCAGAAGUUUCAUUAUUCAAA